UCAGGGGGCGCCGGCGUCGCGCUGCCCGCACCCAAGAUGGCGGCGGUGACCAUGCGGCUGCCGGUGAUGCGCAAAGCGGUGGGACCGAGCGGGCCGCGGGGCGGCGAGAAGCACCUGGUGGUGCCUGGGGACAUCAUCACCACGGACACGGGAUACAUGAGGGGCCACGGCACCUACGUAGUCGAGGAGAAGCUCGUGGCCUCGGUGGCCGGCGCUGUGGAGAGGGUGAACAAGCUGGUGUGCGUCACGCCGCUGAAGACCAGGUACAACGGCGAGGUCGGCGACAUCGUGGUCGGGAGGAUCACGGAGGUUCAGCAGAAACGAUGGAAAGUGGAAACCAAUUCCAGGCUGGAUUCGGUUCUGUUGUUGUCGUCUAUGAAUUUACCUGGUGGUGAACUGAGAAGGAGAUCAGCAGAAGAUGAGCUUGCAAUGAGGGACUAUCUGCAGGAAGGGGACCUCAUCAGUGCAGAGGUCCAGUCUGUAUUUUCUGAUGGGGCUGUAUCGCUGCACACCAGGAGUCUGAAAUACGGGAAGCUUGGCCAGGGUGUGCUUGUUCAGGUCUCACCCUCCCUUGUGAAACGCCAGAAGACUCACUUCCAUGACUUGCCCUGUGGUGCGUCUGUGAUCCUUGGCAACAAUGGUUUCAUCUGGAUCUACCCAACUCCAGAACAGAAAGAUGAAGAAGCAGGGGGCUUUACAACCAACUUAGAGCCAGUUCCCCUGUCUGACCGGGAGGUGAUCUCACGGCUCCGAAACUGCAUUGUAGCUUUGGUCACUCAGAAGUUGAUGCUCUUUGACACUAGCAUCCUGUAUUGCUAUGAGGCAUCCCUUCCUCAUCAGAUCAAGGACAUUCUCAAACCAGAGGUGAUGGAGGAGAUCGUUCUGGAAACCCGACAGAAGUUGCUGGAUCUAGAGGGAUAGUGCCAGAAGAGGUCAUUUUCAAAUCCCCACCAUGGCAGCUUUUGAGUCUCAGUACUUUUUUUUAAUCAGUGUUCCAGUCACCAACAUUCAUUCCACACUUCAGAAACUACCACAAUCGGUCAUUUAAACUCCUCGAAUAUCUCCUGAGCCCUUUUAGUACAGUAGUACUAAAUAGUACUUAAGUACAAUAGCCUUUUAGUGCAGCAGCCCGGGAAAUAGAUACCUGACCUUUAUGAAGGCACAGAUGCAAUUGGGACAUAUGUCAUGACACUUGUUGCUGUGUAUAGUGCUCCUUAACUUCUAGAAAGUUAGGGAGGAGGGGAUGUAUUGUGUGAUGGGUUUCUUUCACCCCAGAGGCUUUUAAAAUGGUUUUGAUUUUCCUUUACUAUGAUACAGAUCUGCCAGUCUGUCCUUUGACUCUUUUCUUUUCUUUUUUUUUUUUUUUGAGACUGCAUGUCACAGGUGCAAGUCCUUAGACUAUUUCUAACCACAUUUUGUGUGUUUGCUGUUCAUGGCUUCUGUGUCCCGAGGGUUUGAGAUUGGAUGUGGCUGUCCACAUGAGCCAGGUAGCCAUGAGUGAGCAGUGCCUUGUCAGUCUGUGUGUAUCCUGCUGGUCCCUUUUGUAUUCAUGAUGUGUUGAGCUCUUUCUCUGAGAAAGCUCUGGUGUUGUUUUCUAUUAAAUGCUUUACAUUUCAAUAAAUUUCUUCUAAUUGAGAUAGUCAUUCAUUGGUGUGUGCAUUGAUUGGCUUAUCUUCCUCCCAAAUUAGUUUGGUCUAGCUCUAGAGAGCUACAGCUGGCUUAAGUUUUCUUGUACCAGGAGACUUGAACGGCUGAAGUGUCCUCUUCCCUCCUCUUCAAUGGUUGUUCUUCAGCCUUUUCAACCAGUUCACCUUCUUCACCACGUUUUCCACGUGGGAUAAGUAAGUAGAUUGCCUGGCACUGUUCACAGUGGCUUUCUCUCAAGAUUUCUUCUCUGCAAGAUGCCACGGAAGGGUGAGUGAUGCAGCUUUGUCAGAGGGAAAAGGGGAGCCCAGCAGACACUGGCCCAGUGGCUACGUCCUCAGGGCAGUGGCUAGAUGGUUGCAGUCAGUCACUUGCCUUCCCUGCCUAAGAAUGGAUGUGAUGCUUUUGUUUCAGUAUUCUUUCAGAUCUCUGGUGCUGUAUUAGAACUGUUUGUAUAUGUA